AUGAUCACCAAUCGUCCCGCUACCUUGGUUGACAUCCCACAAAUCCGUGAUAUCAACCACUGGUACAUCAUGCACAGCAUAUCAACAUUCGCGAUUUCCCUACCACCAAUAUCCCACUAUGAACAUAUCCUACGGGAUUUGAUGAGAAGGAAUCUCCCAUUUUUUGUCACAGUCUCAGACACACGCAAGUCGCCAGAUGGGGCAGAUUUGGUCCUUGGCUAUGCUUACUUGUCUCCAUUCCGCGGUCAUUUGCUGUCCUACGCACCGACUGUCGAGCUCUCGAUCUUCAUGCGUCAUGACCAACAGCACUUUGGCUAUGGAACCAUAUUGCUAAGGAAAAUUCUAUGCUUGGUUGCAGAAGGUGUUUUGCACCACGGCGAGGAAGUGGUGGGUGAUAUUCAAGGCAUCGGGCCGAGGAGCAUCGUGAAGGACUCGGAGAUCCAGAAUAUCAUUGCAGUCAUUGCCUACGAUGCUGAGACGCCUACUGACGGAGACAAAUUGAGAAAAUGGUAUGGCAAAUGGGGGUUCGUUGAGAAAGGGCAACUGGAGAAUGUGGGGAAGAAGUCGGAUCGUUGGAUCGAUACCAUAUAUCUCCAAUGGACCAGGCCAGAACCAGUGGAUACUGAGUGA